CACACACACACACGCACACAGAGUAAGAGAGAAAGAGAGAGAGAUGUGGGAUGUGGAUCGUGGUUGUGUUUUGGGGUCAUGACGGAAAAAAGGAGUUUCUCCUUGUGGGCAUGAGGAUGUCCUGCAGGAGAAAGCAGCUCGAGUCCUCACGCAGACCCCCCAGAGAGAACACACUCCACCUUCCUGUUGUGUUUCUGGAUGACAGCGAGCACACGUUUGAAAUGGAGCAAAAUGUACUUGGGAAUGACUUCUUCAACAAGGUGUGUGGACAUCUUAAACUUUUAGAAAAGGAAUAUUUUGGACUUGAAUUUCGCCACCAAUGCGGCAGUUAUGUAUGGCUGGAACUACUGAAGCCUCUUACAAAACAAAUUAAAAACACAAGUGACCUAAAGUUCCACUUCAUUGUGAAGUUCUAUCCUCCAGAUCCAGGUCAGCUUCAGAAAGAACUAACCAGGUACCUGUUUGCACUUCAGAUCAAACAGGAUCUGUCAAACAGCAGCCUGACAUGUAAUGACAACAGUGCUGCCCUGCUGGUCUCUCUUCUGCUGCAGGCUGAGAUUGGGGAUUACGUUGAGGAGCUGGAUGUGCAGCACUUGGAAAAAAAUAAGAAGUACAUUCCCAACCAAGAGUGCCUCAAUAAAAAGAUCAUGCGCUUUCAUAAAAGACACAGAGGUCAGACCCCAGCAGAGGCUGAUUUUCAGUUGCUGGAAGUGGCUCGUAAAUUAGACAUGUACGGUAUCCGUCCUCAAGCAGCGAGUGACGGAGAGGGUAUGAGGAUCAAUCUGGCCGUGACUCAUUCAGGCGUGCUGGUAUUUCAGAGAAACACCAAAAUCAACACCUUCAGUUGGGCCAAUAUCCGCAAACUGAGCUUCAAGAGGAAGCACUUUUUAAUAAAACUCUAUGCAAAGAUUGUGCCUUCCCAUAAGGACACAGUGGAGUUUUCUAUGGCCAGCCGAGAUGUCUGCAAGGCCUUCUGGAAGAUGUGUGUGGAGUACCAUGCUUUCUUCCGCCUCUCGGAGGAGCCUAAAGCUCGCCACAAGUCUCUGAUCUACAGCAAGGGCUCCUGUUUCAGAUACAGUGGCAGAACUCAGAAGCAGCUUCUGGACUGUGUGAGAAGAGGAGAAAGAAAGAACUUACCUUUCGAGAGGAAGUAUUGUAAGGCGUACUACGACACAAGGCAAUGCAGAUCCUCUCCUGACCUGCUCACUGAUGUCUCCAAACAGGCUUAUGAACAAUCCUGUGGUUUCCCUCAUGCUGGCUGCACUCAGGCCAGCAAGCGAAGCCAAUCAGCUACGGGGGUCCUCGUCUCUUCUGAAGUGGAGCAUCCACAGGUUCAGCCCUCGCAACUCUCUUCAUCUGCACAGUCCAGCUCUUCCUCCUUCUCUGCCACUGAAAUGGGAUGUUUGAAUGCCUUUGAAGCCCCUCAAAGUUUACCAAGACUUCUUGGGGAAGACUGGAGGACUCGAUGCAGGUUCACUGGUGAGACCAACCUGCCUCAACGGGGCCGUCUUCUGGCCAACACUCAGCAACUGGUGCUGCUCUAUCCCGGUCCCCAACAUCCGCAAGCUUGCCUGGGGCUGCAACCUAUAUUUCCUGUGUACCCACUCAGCUCCUCUUUGUCUCUGAGCCACCCUGGGUCUCCACUCUUGCUAUGUCGCUGUGGUCAUAUGGCCCAUUGCGUUCAACCCUCCAUGCAGGCUUGUUUCUUGGAUGAUGUCAUCAGAUCCUCCAGCUUCUCUGGACCAUCAACCCUGUCCCCAGCCCUGGUGAGGCGACAGAGGCAACGGUACGGAGGGUUGGGUCUGGGAUUUGGUCUGCCCCAUGGUCUGGGGAUGGCACCAGGGCUGUACAUAACAAGCGCAGUUGCUGACUGUGGAGGCAGGGGUGGCCUGGACUUAGGCCGCGAAGAGCUGGGCCAUUUUAGUGACGACUCAAGCUACCAAACAGGCCUGCCACGUCGUUCUCUGAGCCAGUCGGACAUGAAGCUUCUGAAGCAGCCGGCUACUGGCACCCCAGCCUCUGAAUUCAGGCCUCUGGGGCACUACCCCCACUUGUCCCGGAGGCAGAGUCCAGCCCGGCCUACCCACCUGCCCCUACAGUCAUCCCAAGGACCUGAACAGCCAGCUGGAGGAAGCAAACCGGAAUUAAGCCACAGUGACUCUGAUUCAGACUGUCCAUACUUCUGUCCUGGUCUAGGCAGGAUGGUGCGUUCAGUGCCACUGGCACGGAUGCGCAUUUCGUCUGGAAGCCUGCAGCUGGACGAGGAGGAUGAGGAUUCAAAUGAUGGACAAAGAGCCUCUUCCACCACAGCAUCCAAAUGCAUGUCCUGAGAAAUCCUUGUGCAUUAUGCUGUUCAAAAAGACCAGUAGGACCAGUAUUGAAAGUUUCAGCAUAACUUGUGAUGUGAUGUGGACAGAUAGUGUCACAGUUUGGAUGGUCCCUACAAAAUUAAACCAUUUACAGCUCUGGAAAAAAAAAAUCAAGAGACCACUUCAGGUUCUGAAUUAGUUUGUCUGAUUUUGCUUUUUAUAGGUAUAUGUUUGAGUAAAAUGAGCAUUGUUUUUUUUUUUUUUGUUUUUUUAUAUAAACUAUGGACAUUUUUCCCAAAUUCCAAAUAAAAAUAUUGUCAUUUAGCAACUAGAAACCAGAUAUUCAUUAAUAGUGCGCCUUUGAAUACAAUGUGCCUUAUAGUCUGUAAAAUACGUUAAAUUUCUAUUUUAGGGACGUUUGUUGAAAGGAAUUUAGGGGAAAAAAAACUGAUCACACUUUCAUAAUUUACAUCUUUAUUUGUCAAACCAAACCAAAAAGUAAUUCGUAACAGUUGAAGCAAAAGAUAAACGCCUAUAGAAAUAUAUGAUACAGCUUCAACAGAAAUCUGUGUAGCAAUUUCAAUAACAUUUACAAAAGCUUAGAGAGAACAUUUACAAAACCUAGUUUUGUAUCUACAUUUUCUUAAAAAAAAAUCUACCAAACACCUUAUUGCUCUCAAACCUCAGACAGUCUGGCAACGUGUGACAUCCUUUAAAGCUUUUAAAGAUAUAACAACAACAAUUACACCUGACAAAUACAUACAGAAUUGAACUUUAGGCACAACGGGAUGUUGGCAUAGUUUCUCCCAGCCAACAGGAGCACUGAUGACCUCACCACCAUACCAGUAAUGGCACCCUUACGUUUACUUAAAUGCUUGGCGAAAAAAAGAUCCCUCUUAAUAGGAAACUUCUGUUUCAUUACAUCAUAUGAAAACAAAAUAAAGACUAUCCCAAAUAAAACAUUUCCUUUUUUUAAAAGCCUGAUAUCCGUCCAAGUUCCUAUGCCGCUGCUUAUAUAUGGAGCUCCCAUCUACUGAACUAUAACUGUAGGGUAUCCAUAUAUAAAUAGAUGUUUCUCUGCUGGAUGGAGGCACACUUUCCUUCUUGAGAUAGAACAAUUUAAAGGAAGUGGAAUGUGUGUGCAGAGUUCUGAAAUUCAAAAAGUAUAUAUAUAUAAAAAAAAAUCGCCUCAUCCAAUACAAAGUGUGUGCAGUGCAUUUCCUUCAGAGUUACAGUAUAUCUCCCACUGCAUUUAUAUAUAAAAAAAUAGCUCAGAAACUGCAAAAUAUUAUAUAAAAAAGGGAACAGAACAAAUACGGGGCAAAGUAUGAAAUCAGAAUGGGGCAUUUUAAUCCCUCCUUACUUAGGGAACAGAAAAAAGUAAUUAAAGUAACAAAAAUAUAUUGCCAAUUUCCAAGUACAAAACUAUUUUUAAGAAACUUUGAUCUUGAGUGUCAAAAAUGGAAGCUUCUUUUGCACAGCAAAGUCCCUCUCCCAUAACUUGACCUCGUGUGCCAAAGGCACAAUUUAAAAAAUAAUAAUAAUAAUAA